AUGCUUGCUAGGUAAGUAAUUUUGAGGGCGGGGCAUUCAUGAUUUAGAGAGCACCUGAUUGGACAGAAAUCAGUGCAGUGCAGGGUGAGUCAUUAAGAUUUAUAGCAGUUUUUGGAAAGUGAAAAACAACAUAUUUGGCAAGUGCUUUUUUUUAGGUAAAUUUGAAACAUAGUCUUAAAGCUUACAAACAGAUUACUAACCGGUGAGCUGCAUACAGAUAUAGUCUGGAAGGAGUGAUAAAGAGAAAGAUAACGAAUGAAUGAAAAGAGAGAGAGGGAGAGAAGGAGACAGCAAGCAAAAGAAAAGCAAGAGGGACGGCCCACUCAGAGUGACAGAGAGCUGGAGUUCAGAGUUUGUCAGGAGAUGACAGAGUGUAGAGACAGGGAGAGAGAAAGAAAGAGGAGCUAAAUGGUUUAGAAAGUAUAAGGAAUUGAAGGAAAAAAAGAUUGAAAGAGAGGAAGAGAGAAAUACUGAUGCGAAAAAACUUGGAUUUAGUUUUUUUUUCCAUUCAGCAGCAGCCGGCUUCCCUGGAUCUACUUCUUUGCCAGCACUGCCACGUGCUCCCCACACACACAUACACACACACACACACACACAUUUCAGGGUCUGGCAGACGGGGGUAUGUGGCUCUAUCCUGGAUUGCUCUCAUCUCUGGAUAUGCCUCUGUAGUCGUAGCACUCGUCUGUGUACUUGUGUGUGAGCAUGGGAGGUGCAGAGCUUGCCGAUGUGAUAUGGAUCUAGCAAUUUGACUCCGGGAAUCCUUUAAGAAAAUUUGCCAGCAUGGAAAUAUGACGAGAUUUGGGCAUGUUCAAGGAAAGCCACAUCUGGACUUUCUCCUCUCUUUGGGAGAGAACGGACACCUCUUUAACCUGACUUGUAGCCUUUAAUUUUUUUUUUUUUUCACAUUGAAAGGUCGUAAUGGUUCGCUUGUGAAUGCGACGUGUGCUUUUGUGAGCCCUUGCACACUCCCAAGUGCAUUUAUGUGUGAUGUGGUCAGCAGGUCAAGUGCCACUGGCGAUGCCCGUUGUGUGCCCGCAUGUAGGGGGUAAGGAGUGGUGCUUUCAGGAUGCAGUCGGGGUGGAUUGCAGCUCUCCAGAGCCUCGCUGUAUCUGGGUGGCGGUUUUACACGGGGAUACACAGCAAAUUAACAUUUCCAACCUCCAAAAUGACUCUUCUCCAAACAUAAAUGGCAUCAGUGCUGGGAAAGCACUGUCAAGACCCGCACAGACCUCCAGGGCAAAAGGGCGGAGAGAUGGGCUCUCUUCAUCCAGUGAGAACCCUCGGCCGGUGGUCCGGAGCGGGACAGAUGGGCUGGGCGUGUCCUGGCAGGGUCCACGCACGCUGGUGCUCCAAAAGAACUCUCAGGGCUUCGGCUUUACUCUGCGUCACUUCAUCGUUUACCCGCCAGAGUCCGCUCUGCACACCACUCUCAAGGAUGAAGAGAACGGGAAUGGAAAGGGGCUUCAACGAAGUCGUCUGGAGCCCAUGGACACAAUUUUUGUGAAGAAUGUGAGGGAAAAAGGCCCCGCUCACCUGGCUGGCCUGUGUACAGGAGACAGGCUGGUUAAAGUGAAUGGGGAGAGCGUGCUGGGUAAGACGUACUCGCAGGUCAUUGCACUGAUUCAGAACAGUGAGAGUGUACUGGAGCUCUCCAUUAUGCCAAAGGAUGAGGACGUGCUUCAGCUGGCAUAUUCCCAUGAUGCCUACCUAAGGGGGAACAAUCCAUAUACAGGAAAGGCCCAAAAUCUUCCUCCACCACCCCCUGUUCUCUACCCUCCUCGUACAAAAUCACAGUCUCCUGCAGGGUUCAGCCCCUGCCCUCCUCCAGCUUCUUCACACAUGGGGCAAAACCAGCUGGACAACUGGAGCCGCUGGCCCGGCUCUUCUGCUGGUCCCUCUCCACCCCUUGACAACCGGACUGUGGCCUCCAGCAAUGUUGUCUGGGCAGCCGAGGGCAGGAAUUGUGAGCCGGGUGGUGUUGGUCACAGUAGCCCUGCACACCGAACAGAGGAGAUCCAGUAUGGAAUGACUGACAGAGGACAGCAGCCAACUGGACAAAUGAGAGGACGCUCAUACUCAUCUUCUUCCUCCUCAGGAGGAAUGAUGAGCCCUUUGCAUCAUGGUCAUCUUGCCAAUCACAACAUGGGUACUGCCAUGGGGCACACUGGAGGUCGUAAGGGAAGCCCACCUUGGGCCAGCCCUUCUCAGCCAACAUCAACACCUUCAUCCAGCCGCAACGAACGAACCCAACAAGCCCUUUCCAACUGGUACUACAGCCAGGUCCCAGGCCGUGAGCGAGAACGAGAACGAGAGCGGGAGCGAUCUAGUUCUCGCUCAAUGCACCCACGCCACAGGAGUUUCUCACAAGACCGUCUGGGAGAGCUUGGGAAGGCCAGGCGUUCUCAACAAGCAGGUUUUCCCCAUAGUGCAUCGCAAGACACGUUGCUGCUGCUUCAGCAGAGUGCUGCAGCAUAUGCUGAUCCUUACUGGAACCAUGGAGACUGGCGGGGUGAGCAUAUGUAUGGUCAGCACCCAUCUGUGGUGGCCUAUGGGCGAAAGUCCUCCGAAAAUCUUCUAGCAAGCCGGUACGGACACUCGGGACGCUCACUGGAAAAUCUCGACAGAGCUGUGGGGAUACUCUCACCAAGGGUUGAAAGAUCUGCUUGGGUUCAACAACCUCCAAAUAGGACUGAAGUCUAUGCAAGACAUGCUGGGCAUUUCGGCCAACAUAUAGAGUCACCCCACCAAAUGCACCACACACCCCAACACCACCAGAAUCUCACACAUGCAACACACCAACACUCAUCUCAAAUCCCACAACCUCAGCAGGCAGCUCCAAUGGCAAGACGUUUGCCUUCUUGCCAGAGUCUAGAUGAGGAGCCGAUUGGCUAUCGUAGCUACAGUCCCUCAUUCAAUAGGAAGACUGGCCGUAUCUUGCAGCAGGCCCAGUCAUUUAGAGAUCCCUCUUACACAGGUCCACACCUUUGGACUCCAACAUCCAAAACCAGUCCCCCAGAGGGGCAUCCACCCUCAGCCACUGCUUCCCCAGCCCCACCAACCACUUCCUCUUCAACUACGAUUUCCACACCAUCUGAAGGACAAGACAGAACUUACCGACCCACUAAUCAUGACAGAGGGGCAGGGGAAGCGACAAGUGAAGCCCAGACACAGGAAGUGGUUCUGAGGCAGAAACCACCUACCGGCCGACGAGGUGCAAACGCCCUUCGACACCCACAUUAUGCAAUAGCACUUGACUCCAGUGACCCUCUACUCUUUACCACUGACCCUACGGAGCCCACUGCCAAGGCAGAAAGUGCUAUUUCUCAUCGCCGCACAGAUGUUAACCUUCCUCCACUAUCUAUUGAGGAUGACUCCCUUGCAUCAAUUCCAUUCAUCGAUGAGCCGACCAGUCCAAGUGCAGAUCUGCGGGCACGUCAUGUCCCCGCCUCCUCCGUCGUGUCCAGUGGCGGUAUAAACUCCGCCCCUGCUGUGAUCACAAGCCCCGCCUCCCCAACCUUCACCUUUCCCCUCAACCGCCUUUUCUCCCACAACUGCAGUGAUCCUAAAUCUAAUCGUCGCUCCUCGUACCUGUUGGCCAUCACCACUGAACGCUCCAAGUCAUGUGAUGAGGGGCUUAACGCAUAUAGAGAAGAGGGCCGGGUCUUCUCGAGGCUUCCAAAAAGAGUCAAGAGCUUCUUUACUGAAGGGUCUCUGGACAGUCUGGGUGCUGCUGAAGAGGCUCGCUCUAAACGACACUCUACCUCUGAGCUGGGCAACAUCAGCUACAGUGACGUGAAGAGAGAAGGCUGGCUCCACUUCAAACAGAUCCACACGGAGAAGGGCAAGAAGGUUGGCAGUGCAAUCUGGCCAUGGAGACGGGUGUUCUCUGUGCUUAGGACCCAUUCUCUGUUUCUUUAUAAAGACAAGCGAGAGGCAGUGCUUAAAGGGGCGCAAUUAGGGGGCGGGGCUGAAGACGAGCAGCCAAUCAGCAUCCGGGGCUGCCUUGUGGAUAUAGCAUACAGUGAAACGAAGCGCAAGCACGCGCUGAGAUUGACCACGCAGGACUUCUGCGAGUACCUGCUGCAGGCGGAGGACAGAGAGGACAUGCUGGAGUGGAUCCGAGUCAUCAGGGACAACAGCAAGACCGACAACGAGGAAUUGGGUUUCUCACGACAAGCUCUCAUCAAUAAAAAGCUUAACGACUACAGGAAGCAAAGUCCAACGGGUAACAAACCAGACUCCUCACCCAGAGUGCAUCGAAUGACCUUCCUCCUCAGCAAGCCAGACAACAGCGCACCUCCACGCUCCCCAAAACACGAGGCCAAAGAUGAGAGCAGCCCCCCAAAAUCUCCCUGGGGUAUAAACAUAAUGAAGAAGAGCAAGAAGGCCGGUCCUAAAGCUUUUGGCGUCCGUCUAGAGGACUGCCAGCCUGCAGUAAACAACAAGUUCAUUCCUCAGAUUGUGGAGAUCUGCUGUGGGCUGGUGGAGGACAUGGGUCUGGAGUAUACAGGGAUCUACAGAGUGCCAGGAAACAAUGCUGUAGUCUCCAGUCUGCAGGAGCAGCUCAACAAAGGAGUAGACAUUAACAUCACUGAGGAGAAAUGGCAGGACCUGAAUGUGGUGAGCAGCCUGCUGAAGUCCUUCUUUCGUAAACUCCCUGAACCCCUCUUCACUGAUGAUAAAUAUAAUGACUUUAUCGACGCCAAUCGGAUGGAGAACGCCAGCGAUAGGCUGAGGACAAUGAAGAAAUUGAUUCGGGACCUACCAGAUCAUUACUUUCACACUCUGAAAUUUUUAGUUGGACACCUAAAGACGGUGGCUGACCACUCUGAGAAAAACAAAAUGGAGCCGCGUAAUUUGGCUCUGGUGUUUGGCCCCACUCUUGUUCGAACUUCAGAGGACAACAUGACAGACAUGGUCACCCACAUGCCAGACCGCUACAAGAUUGUGGAGACACUCAUUCAGCAUUACACCUGGUUUUUCUGCGAAGAACAGGAUAAGGAUGAAAAGACCCCAGUGGACACAGAGGAUGUCCAGCCUGCCCCAAACAUUGAUCAUCUGCUCUCCAACAUUGGCCGCACAGGCAUGCUGGGUGAGGCUUCAGACUCAACCAACAGUGAUUCUGCAAAAUCUAAGGGGUCAUGGGGAUCAAAACGUGACUUUACUGCCAAGGAUAUCCUUACAUUAUCAAUUAUGUCGGCUGUGACCCGCAAACGGCGGAAGCGGCACAACGGCCGUCUCCUCGGCAGCAGCACAGACGACGAUUCUGAGCAUGAACCCAUUAAAUCCUGCAUCUCCGAGAAAGACGAUCUGCAAGAGAUGGGGCAGGUUGCAUCCUUCUGUGCCCCACGAGCAGAGGGAGAGGAGGAUGACGAUGAAGAGGAGGAAGAUGAUGAAGAGGAGGAGGAGGGGGCUGAGAGACAGAAGGCACAAGAGCAGAAGGAAACAGUAGUCCCCAGCAUUUCCUCAACAGAGGAAGUGACAUCAACAGUGCUGCUGAGCGAAGAGGAAGAGCAGAAGUCUGAAGUGAAAGGAGGACGCAGCUGGAGAUUAGAUGAUGCUCGGUCUAUUGUGUCAGGCUACUCUACUCUGUCCACUUUGGGGCGGAGCUUAGCUUCAGAGGGGCGGGGCGAGGAUGCAGAUGAUGAGCAUAGUGAACUAGUGAGUGAAACUGAUAAUGAAAGCGGGUUUGCCUCACGCUCCCUCACCCAAGAAAGGCCAGAAAAACCAAACCGUUCCAACCAGAACUCUCAUGCGUCUCCUGAACCAACCGCACCACAGAGUUUCCUCUAUGCGCACUGCAAAUCACCUACACCCUCUGGCUCCGCCACUGCUCCAUCUCCCCCUUCACAACACAUCACAACCAACCCAGAGGACAGCGCAGCACGCUCGUCUACUCCCUCAACCUCCUCUUACUCCUCAUCCGCCUCACAACGGCUCCACAACCGCUCUUUCAACUCCCACCGCCUCAUACAGUGCGACACCCUUGCACGCCGUCGGACAAAGGCGGACAAAGCCAAAGCUCCCUCAGUGGACCUUUCCGAACUCUCGAGCUCCUCCGCCGCAGAGGAGGACCGCCAGUCAGGUGCCAAUCAAAUCCCUGACUCCUCUCCGUCUCCUUCUUCAAAAGCCAAAGGGUUUAGCAUAAGAAACGAGUGUACGCCAAUAUCCAUGGUUGGUCCCGGAAGUAAGGGGUGUGUGUUGUCCCCCGGGCAAGGAUCCCUGGCGGAUCAGGUACGUGCUCGUCUAAUGGGCUCGGCGGAUGACCUGUGCAGCGUUGGCCUGAGAAAGCAGCUCUCGCCGGAGACGCGCCGGAAGAGACGCGCUUGGAGGAGACACACAGUGGUCGUGUCCCCUACGGAUUGUUCAGACAAAAAGCCAACGGUCCAAAGCACCAAACCUCUAGCUUCACCCUCCCCUGUUGAAAAGCAGGAUGUCAGAGAGUCCCACCCAGAGUGCUCAGAAACUGAAGCCCCUACUGCACGUCGGGCCGUGCCUACCUCGCGCUUUCGUGAUUUCUUGUAGCAGUGGUGGUGUGUACAGGCUAGUGAACCAAGAGAGUUGGAUUUGGGUUGUGUUGUAGCUGCAUACUCGGUAUGUUCAAAGUGAGUUUACACUAACAGCGAUUCACACUUGCUUUCCACACUUUUAUCUUAAGGCAUAACCCCAGGUUAUCAUUGUUUUAAACAUUGCUUUCUUACAGAGCAAGUUACUUUUCACACUUGUAAUUUAGAAGCAAGGUAACUUCUUUUAACCCAGGGUUAUGAAACUCAUCCUGCAGGCACAGAACGUCAACAUGACCUCAUAUUGAUGUUGUAGCCCAACGUACCCCAACGUCAGGCUUUUGUCAAUGUCCAACCUAAAAUCAUAUCAGCAUCUAAUCAAAUUACACCUUGAUGUUGUGUGGAUGUUACCAAUAUAACAUCUAUCAGACGUUGUAUUAUGGUCACUUUCCAAAACAACUUAAAAUCAACCAAAUAUCAACGUAAUCUGACAGAUCGUUAUUUUACGUCAAAAAUAAAAUUGUCUUUAGAUGCUGGCUAGACAUCAAGUUUUGGUCACCUGACGUCACAACCUAAAUCUAACCCAAUAAUAACAUCUUAUGAUGUUGUGUGCCUGCUGGGCAGUUACAGUAAAAGGUUUGGCAUUUCAGUGCGUGUCUCCUUUUAUCAUCUAAUAGUUUAACUUAAAACUUUAACUACAAUCAACAAUAAAUAAUAUGAGCAUGGAAGUACCGACCACAUUCUGUACUUGUCCAAUCAAUGACACUUACACAGCAAAUAUGCAAAUAAGGAUGAUAACCAAAGGGUUUAGAAUUGUAGAGUGUGAAAUAUCAGAGUAGGAAUACAAAUUAUUCAUUCAUCAAGUCAAGUCAAAUUGGCUUUAUUGUCUUUUCAACAAUAUACAGUGGAGUACACAGUGAAACGAAACAUUGCUUCUCCAGCACCAAGGUGCUACAUCAAACAACAUAAAUUGACAACAUAAUUUAGGACUGUACAUUACUAUAAAAGUUUAGAGAUUGAAAUAAAAUAAGAUAUUAAAGUAAAUUUUAAAAAGUAAGAAAAUUGGAAGCUGGAAACUUGAAACUGUAGUGGUCUAAUGCUAAUGUUGUAAUCCAUUUCCAUGAAUUAUGCUAAGGUAAGCUAAAAGUCCUCUCACCAGACUCAGAGAUCAGCUGAAUGGGUUUAAAAUAUUGUAAAACUCAACUGUUUAACUGUAACUCUGAGUUUUCCUUUAACAACAAUGAACUAGGGUUAAAGGGAUAGUUCACCCAAAAAUGAAAAUUCUGUCAUCAUUUACUCAACCCUUCACGUUCAAAACCAAACAAGCUGAAAUUCAAAUGAAACUGCAGUAACUGUUUUCAGACCUGUGGAUUUUUUGCUUUGGUUAAUGCUUGAUUUUCAUAAUUGUAUGGAAAAUGACCACCUUCAUUUGGUUUGUUUCACUUUCAUGAACUAAAAUGAAUUUACUCUUUUAAGAGUGCAUCUGAUUAUUCCUGAAAUUCUGCUCAUAUGCAUUCUUAUAAUGUACUUCAACAUUUAAACAUCAAGAGGUGCAUUUUGAUUUAACUAAUGCAAUCAUUUGUAUGCUUGACAUUUGCAGUACUCGUGUAACCCAUAUUCUUAAACAAAACCAUCUAAGUGUAACGGAGGUCAGCUAGUAUAGUGCUGUGCGGGAAACCUCACUCCUCUAAACCCGAAAAGGUGCUCUAGUGGUGAUGGAUGCUAUGGUCUAUAGCCUACUUGCUAGUGCAACCAACUCCCAUGCGGAGAGUCGCCGGAUUGAUCCCAGCUUGGGUGGUGUAGGACCGACAGGGUUACAUAAGGGAGAAAAUGCACCAAUUUCUCUAAAUGAACCAGUUUUGACGUGUCAUCUGUAAUAAGGAAUAGGAUGGAAAUGGACAAACUUCUGCCUCAAUUCAAAGGUCAUCUAAAGAAAUUAGUACUUUGAAUGAGCUUUUUACCCCCAGAAUGUCUUUAGGUGUCAUUUUAGCAGCAUGUUCCGCAAUAAUUUAGUUUUAAACUUCAAUUUUAGCUUAUUUAUUUAUUGUCACUGCAGUACAUUGCUAAUCAUUUCCAAAAAUGAGUACUCUUAUUUAUGCAAAUGAGUGACUAGCAUCAUCCUGUCCUCCGGUGAAUCUGCAUAGAUGAAUCUCUUUGUCUCUGUGAAUCGCUGUUAGUGUGAACGGUCCUUUAGUUUGCCGUGUUGAGUACAAAAUGCAAACUCUAUUAUACUAUACUUUACUACACUGUACUAUACAAUGUAAAGCCCUUGGUCAAGUCGAAUUUACAUCACACUUACUUACUGUUGCCAAAGUUUUUUCUUCCUUUCACAUUUCCUUAUUUUUUUAAUCCUGGCAAGUCACACGACAACAUUCAGCUCUUCAAAAUGACUGCCAAGACCCUCACGACGUACAUGCCAUGGAGUGCUUUUAUGUUUUCAAGUCCCUGAUGAACCGAUAAUGUGCCGGUACAGUAUUGGUUAAACAGUGUUAUCAAACGAGAGCAGUGUUGAUAGUGACGGUUUUACUAGAUUUAACACAGGCCGUUGAGCUCAGAGCAGCUGCGUAACUCUACCAGUAACUCGCUACAUUAAGAAACAUAAGACGCAGUGUGUGGCGUUCACCUUCCCACAUGUUCAUCUACACUGAGUGACGGCUCAUUGGUGAAAUCACUUCAGAUGAGCGUGUAUGUGUGUCUGAAAUUGUCUGUGUAAACCGUAUGUGGUCGAGUAUGUGUGUGUGUCAAAUGAUUUUGUAACAUUUGUACAAAGCCUUGCUUAAGUUAACCUUGUAAAUACACAUAUAUUAUAUUGUCAUUUCCUUUUUUUUUCUCUUUUAUUUUAGCUUUUAUAUGGUUUACAAAAGUGCGCUUGGGUGCACGGUCAUUUCUUUCAAGAUGUUACUUGAAACGUUGUUGUUUUUUUCCCUUAAUAUUUUUCGUUUGUUUGUUUUAUACACAGUAUAUAUUAUACAUAUAUUUUGUAUGAAUAUAAUAAGUACUUUUAUUUGGAAAUCUUGGGGUGUACCUGUUUUAACUCCACUAGACUGUUUUCCCUGUUAAUGGCCUUUCUCUGUGACUUACAAAUACUAUGCAGAAAUCUAUUCACCUCAAUGCAAAGAACAGAGAUCUAACCUGCAAAGAGUGUCUGUCACAAGCUAUAAUAAAUUCUUAUUGCAGAGCGUA